CGCGAUAUUUAUUUAAAAUAUAAGGACCAUCGCGCAAUUGGAACGUACACAUUUUUCAAGCCGAACCUUGUGAUUGCCGAUCUCGAUCUUGUCCGCAUAGUGCUGACCAAAGAAUUUGCUAGUUUCCAUGAUCGUGGAUACUACUGCAACGAAAAAGUAGAUCCGUUAUCCGGCAACUUAUUUUUAUUGCCUGGAAGAAAAUGGAGAAAUUUACGCGUCAAGCUGACACCUACAUUUACUUCAGGAAAACUCAAGCAAAUGUUUGAAGUUCUGAAAGAUUGCGGCGAAGAACUCGCGACAUCUUUAGAAGAAGAAGCCAAAACGGAAUCAUGCAUCGAAAUAAAGGAAAUAUUCGCAAGAUAUACUAUAGACGUCAUCAUGUCCGCAGCUUUUGGA